AUGGCCAAUGAAACUCGCCAUUACAUUCAAAAUCGCAUUCUUGUCAGUGUUGAUCUGUUUGGUCGUGAUCGUCUAAAUUUGACAGCUGAAAAGAAUUGGACAAUCUCAAAUAUAUACACCGAAGUUUGUGAUUAUCUUGCGAUUCCAGAAUCCCGCUUGUUCGGCCUCGCUAAAAAGCUCGAUUACGGAUUUGUGUUUUUGGAUUCAGAAACUCGUCUCUCCGCCUUGGAAAAAAAGAGCCCGUCUAGACAUAUGGGUUUUUUUCUGCCCCAUAAUAGGAAUAAAUAUUCCUUAAAUAAAGCAACUGAACUUUCAGCGAAUGGUGGUGCAGGUAUAAUUUUAAUCCACCUUCGAGUUCGUUACUACAUCCCUAAUCACUGUCUUCGCGGAAGGGUUGUGCGUCACCUUUACUAUGAGCAACUCCGAUUAAAUGUCUUGAAUUAUGGUCUUCUUUGCAGUGAUGAUAUCUACUUCCAGUUGGCAGCAUUUUCCAUUAAAUUGCAUCUGCUCAAUAGGCGUACUUCAUUGUGCUACAAAUCCAAACACAAAUUUAAUGCGGAUAAUAUUAAACUGAGUGACCACUUUCCCCAAUUUAUGAUUGAUAAUUAUGGAAGUGAUUAUCUCUACGACAAUAUUUCCAAUCUCCUUGCACCUCUAAAGAGCCAAUCUCGGGAAUCAGUUGAAUGGCGGUUCAUCCGCCUGGCCUCUGAACCUUCUUCAAAUUUCAAUCUUCACCUCUAUUGCGUUUCUCUCUCGAAUCCUUCGCAUGUGAAUAACACUGUCUCCAACGCAUCCCCGUCCUCCACAUCCCUCCUCAGUUCCCCAGUUACUCGUAUCAGGCGCUCAUAUAGUAGUCGUUCAAGUAUCCUCAAAACCUCUGGAAAGGGAACAUUCUGGCUGGGAAUUGGUCCCAAUGGGUUUGAGUUCCAUGAGGCAAGUUAG